UUACAUUAAUGGUCAUUUUCUGAGCUCCAACAGCUCAGAUCAAAUAAGUGAUCAUUAUUUUUGAGAAUUUGUUUUUUUCUAUUUCGUUCGUAUAAUAAAUUACAAAUUGUGAUUAAUUUGUUAGUGUUAUUGUAGUAGUAGCAAUUGAGGUUUAUGACAUACUAGAUGUAGAAGAAAUAAAAAAGUAUAUCAAAGUCAUAUUUCGAAUAAAUUGGCCUCAAUUAAAAACGCGAUACACAAUUUAAUUUGUGAAUAGAAUCGUUCGUUAUUAACGACAAUUUCGACAACAAACUAAAUAGAAUUAAAGAAAUAUGUUAAAUCAUGAUAAUCUAACGAUGAAUAGUAAUAAUAAUUAUAAUAAAAAUAUAAAUAUAAAUUUAAAUGAUAAAAUAAAAUCUAGUACAAAUGUUCAAAAAGUGAAAAAUAUGUUACAAAAACGUGAUCAUCUACCACGAGUGCACAAUAACUCUUGCAAUUAUGCUGCAAAUACUAUGACGAACAUGACGUCUAAUUCGUCCAAUUUGAGUUGUAAAACGAGAAUGGGUUCUAAACUUAAAUUGGGUUUGGGCGUUAAUGUGCAGACUGGACGUUUGCAGUGGUGCCCAGGUUUUACUUGUUGUAAACUUUUGAUUAUUAUUCCAGUCAUAAUGUUGCCCAUAACUUUGGUUUUGAUUUUACUUAUGCGUAUGGAUGGCAUGCUGAUGGCUUUGCAAAUGCAUCAAAAGUAUAGAGCACAAACGAGAUAUGAACAGGAGCCAGUUUAUCUAGAAGACUAUGAUAGUUCUUUGGAUAAUGAUCCUUUUCAGGAUAUGAUCAAUGAACAGCUGCUGGUGCCUUUGGAUAAAAAGAAAUUACGCAGUGAGGCGGAGAGAAUAAAACGCUGUAUAUCCUUUAAAUUUGGUUUAAGUGAAAAUAUGGAUAUGGAAGAUCGUGAUAUUAUGAAAGAUGCCAGAACCUCAUUUUUACCUCGUGAUACCACCGCUAUACCAAGAGAAUGUUUGGAAAAUUUUAAUUUUAAUACCCACAAAAGCUAUAAAGAUUUUGAACUGGAAGCCUUAAUGGAAUCCUAUGGCAGACGUAGACUAAGAAGAGAUAAGUCGGAUGAAUUAGAGAAAACGUCAGAAGUACUAGAUGCUGUAAAUGCUGAAAAUUCUCGCGAAGAAUCUUCUAAUUCAGAGGAUGAAGUGGUUGGUUUCCUAGAAACCACUUCUAGUUUGCAAACAUUUUGGAAUGCCCAGGGUACUAAGGAGACUAUACGUGAGGCUCAGGCUCGCACCAUGAAAAAAUACAUGGAUGAGUCUGUGGAACCCUGUGAGGAUUUCUAUAAGUAUGUCUGUGGUAAUUGGGAAAAACAUCAUCCCAUACCUAAAGAUAAAGCGGGAUUUGAUACAUUUGAAAUGUUGCGUGAAAAUUUGGAUGUGGUUCUAAAGGAACUAUUGGAGAGUAAAACUCACGAAAUUUCCCAAACGCCCACCAAAAAAAUACAACUCAUAGAGUUAAAUACAUAUGAACAAUUGCCCAAUACUCAGGCAGAUAUUGUUAAGAAUCUGCAAGAGGAUAGCAAUCAGGAAUUGCAAAAGGAAAAAAUACGAGAACAUAUAGUACAGAAACGUAAUAUUCUUGGAAAAAUUUUAACACGCUAUCGCCGUCAUAGUUUAUUUACGAACACUAAGAGAAAACGCUUCACCAGCAAUCAUACUGCUGAAAUACAACACAGCUUUAUGCACAGCAAACAACAUGAGCAAACCCAAGAUCUACAUAGUUCCCCCGACAAUUAUCACACUCCGGAACAAGAUUUAUCACAAAUAGAUGCUCAAACAAAAGCCAGACAUUUAUAUCAAUCGUGCACCAAUAAUAAGCUACUCGAAAAAAGAGGCAUACAACCGUUGCUGCAACUUGUUGAGAAUCUGGGUGGUUGGCCAGUUUUAGAUCCGAAAUGGAAUGCUCAGAACUUUGAUUGGCUUAAUUUAACGGCUCAUUUAAGGCGUUACAAUAACGAUAUACUCAUUGUACAAUGGGUGGGUCCCGAUAUCAAGAAUUCCGAUGAGAAUAUCAUACAAUUUGAUCAAACCAAUUUGGGUUUACCCACACGAGAGUAUUAUUUGCAAGAUGUUAAUGCUAAAUAUUUACAUGCCUAUCAGAGAUUUAUGUCGGAGGUUAUGUACAAACUAGGAGCUCCCAAAGUAACUGCCAUGAAAACUGCUGCAGAUCUUAUAAAUUUCGAAACUCAAUUGGCUUCUAUAACAGCUCCUGCCGAAAAACGGCUUAAUGUUACUAAACUCUAUCGCAGAAUGACCAUAAGUGAGCUGCAUAAUCGAAUACCGGAAAUAGAUUGGACACGUUAUCUCACCAUAUUGCAGCAAAGAACGAUAGAGCCCACUGAAGAAAUUGUCAUCUAUGCCACCGAUUAUAUGGAAGAACUAGUUAAUCUACUUUCCGAUACUGACUCCAAAACUAUUGCCAAUUAUUUGCUCUGGCGUUUUGUACGUCAUCGCAUUAACAAUGUAGACGAUCGUUUUGAUGAUGUUAAGCAAACGUUCUAUCAUGCUCUGUUCGGUCGAGAGGAAAGUCCUUCACGCUGGAAGGUCUGCAUAUCACAAGUUAAUACUAAUAUGGGCAUGGCUUUGGGCUCCAUGUUUGUGCGUAAAUAUUUCGAUGAAAAUAGUAAACAAGAUACUUUAAAAAUGACUCACGAAUUGCAGCAGGCUUUUCGCGAUAUACUCACAACCACCGAUUGGUUAGAUACCCAGACUAAACAUUUAGCCGAACUAAAAGUGAAUGCCAUGUCUUUGAAAAUUGGCUAUCCUGAUUUUAUACUCAACUCCGAGGAACUAAAUGAAAAAUAUGCUGGCAUAGUUAUAGAUCCUGAUAAAUAUUUUGAAAAUACUCUUAAUGUUCUUCUGCAUACCACGAAAACUGAACAGAAUAAAUUGCACGAACCGGUUAAUAAGACAACCUGGCAAACGGCUCCUGCCAUAGUUAAUGCCUAUUAUAGUCGUAAUAAGAAUCAAAUAAUGUUUCCGGCUGGCAUUUUACAGCCUCCCUUUUAUCAUCGUCAUUUUCCUAGAUCGUUAAAUUUCGGUGGUAUUGGUGUGGUAAUUGGUCAUGAGCUGACGCAUGGUUUCGAUGAUAAGGGUCGUUUGUUCGAUCGUAAUGGCAGCAUACAUAAAUGGUGGUCCGAUACGGCUAUUAAAGGUUUCGAUGAGAGAGCCAGAUGUAUUAUAUCGCAAUAUGGAAAUUAUACUGUGGGAGAAGUUGGCAUUGCUUUGAAUGGUGAAAGUACUCAAGGUGAAAAUAUUGCCGACAAUGGUGGUAUACGACAAGCAUUUCAUGCCUAUAAAAAAUGGCUAAAAGAAAAUCCACAGGCAGCAUUAGAUGAACGUUUACCGGGUAUCAACAUGACAGGCGAACAAUUAUUUUUCCUUAACUUUGGACAAGUAUGGUGUGGUGCAAUGCGACCGGAAGCCGUACGCAAUAAACUAAACACAGCUAUACACAGUCCCGGCAGAUUUCGUGUCAUCGGAACGUUAUCCAACUCCAUAGAUUUCGCUAAACAAUUUAAUUGUCCACUGGGAUCGCCAAUGAAUCCUGUUCACAAAUGUAGUGUAUGGUAACAGAAAGUGCGAAGAAACAAAAGCCUAUCAACAACAAACAAUGAGCGUUAAAUGUUAAAAAAACCUCAAUUGAAUAAGAAUUACAAAUUUAUACAGUAUUUUUUUCAUGCAUUCAACAGCAACAACAACAAAAAUCAUCAUUAUCAUGAGAAAUAUUCUCAAGAGUUUCAUUAUAGAAAGAAAGAAAUUGUCGAAUUUUAUGUUCCUUUAUUCGAUGUUGCGAACACAGUCACUUAGAAAGAGAAAACAACACAAUACAGCUAAUAUUACUACAACUACAAGCGAACCUAAACAUUGUAUUUAAAUGAAUUUUUCUGUCUUUGUUUAUAUUUUAAACUACGGUUCAUCAGCUAUACAUUUUACGAGUUUGCUUUCAUCGAAAUUGUCAUCAAUUUAAAUUGUUGAAUCUUUCCCAUGUACCAUUACACAUACAAAUACACGUUCAGUCACCAUCAUCACUCCCAGGGCGACAGUUGAGUAUGUACCCAAAUACUUUUCAUGUGUCUACAAAUGGUGGUGCUAAAACGCUUUAUAUCAACCAACAUUAAAUCAUCUUUAAACUUAGACAACAACCGAGAAAAAACUAUCAAAGUAUUUUUAAAAUAAAAUAAUUUUAAUUCCUAUAAAAAACCAAUAAACAACUCCAAGAUUCCAGUGCCACAAACGAACAAUUAUUUAAGAUUUUAGAAAAAAAACAAGAAUAAAUAACUUUUGUAACUAAUUUUCAUAGUCUAACAAAUGCUUAUUUUAUAUAAUGAAUUUAUUUUUUAAGUUAGUUAAUAAUUAUUGUGAUAAUUUUAAAAUAAUAAAAAUGAAAUUAAAAAAAAUGUA